AUGGAUCAUGAACUUCAUCGAUCACGACGGGCCGCUUUAAGCCCAUACUUUAGUGGCCGCAUGGUUCAAGAUCUUGAGACUCGCAUUCGCAGACAGAUUGAAACGAUGCGAGACGUGAUUUCCGAGUACCUAUUCGGCCAGUCCUUUGGUGCACUCGACUCUCCUGACUUUGGCCGACCCCUGAACGACGUCCUUCUCUCUGGUGUCAAAGUCCAUCCCUUUGCUCGGAUCUUUCGGCCUCUGGCAAUCGCCAUGUUCCGCGCGCCCAGGUGGAUGAUGCCGAAGAGUGAGAUUCUGGAGAGUAGUCUGAAGUAUGACAGAAUGAUCGGUGACAUGACUCGCUCGGCGUUCAAUGAUGCAGAGAAUGAGAAAUCAGCUUCCCACACCCGGACGAUUGUCCAUUCGCAGUUGCACAACGAUACGCUGGACCCUGCUGACCGGACUUUCGAGCGCAUCAAGUCGGAGGGCAUGGUCUUGGUUGGGGCUGGAACUGAAACCACCGCCCGUACUCUUGCAACGGCCAUCUAUCACAUCUUGGCCACGGAUGCCGUCCACAAACGUGUACUUGGAGAAGUUCGCACCGUCAUGCCCUCUUCGGAAUCACCCCUACCAUCCGUCGCCCAGCUACAACAGCUACCAUACCUCACCGCUGUGGUCAACGAGUCUCUCCGGAUCGCUCACGGGGUGGCGGGUAGACUCUCUCGCAUUGCUCCAGACGAAGACCUUCAAUACGGUACCUUGAAGAUUCCUCGUGGUGUUACCUUCUCACAGUCCAUGUACUAUGUUCACUCGGACUCCGAAGUAUAUCCGCAGCCCAAUGAAUUCCAUCCGGAGCGCUUCCUAGGGGAAGACUCCGAUGUUGCAAAGGCAAACUUGUGGCCUUUUGGCAAGGGUACUAGAAGCUGUCUCGGUAUCAACCUGGCUCAGGCCGAGCUCUUUUUGACCAUUGCCAUGGUAAUCGGUGGUGUUGAUAUGGAGCUUGUCGGUACAACCAAGAGGGACGUACUACCCGUCAAGGAAUACUUCGUAGGAUAUCUACCAGACGACAGUCUCGGUAUUCGUGUGAAGAUCCGCGGCAGAGCCUGA